UCCCAUUGCUUGUCCUGUGUCUAGAGAAGCCAAUCAGCGUCACCGCGGUCCCUGGCCUGUCCUGGCCACGGACCCGCUGGGACUUCUAUUCUCCAGACCCUGAGGAUGCGGGUCGUGAUGCCCCGAACCCUCGUCUUGCUGCUGUCGGGGGCCCUGGCCGUGACCCAGACCUGCGCGGGCUCCCAUUCCUUGAUGUAUUUCGGCACCGCGGUGUCCCGGCCCAGCCUCGGGGAGCCCCGGUACUUGGAAGUCGGCUACGUGGACGACACACAGUUCGCGCGGUUCGACAGCGACGCCUCGAGUCCGAGGAUGGAGCCACGCGUGCAGUGGUUGAAGCAGGAGGCGCCGGAGUAUUGGGAGCAGGAGACGCGGGGCGCCAAGGACACCGCACAGACUUUCCGACUGAGCCUGAACACGCUGCGCGGCUACUACAACCAGAGCGAAGCCGGGUCUCACACCAUCCAGUGGCUGUCUUCCUGCGAAGUGGGGCCCGAUUGGCGCCUCCUCCGAGGAUACUGGCAGUUCGCCUCUGACGGCGAGGAUUACAUCGCUCUGAACGAGGACCUGCGCUCUUGGACCGCGGCGGACACGGCGGCGCAGGUCACCCGCCGCAAGUGGGAGGCUGCCGGAGCAGCCGAGCAUCAAAGGAACGACCUGCAGGUCACAUGCGUAGAGUGGCUCCGGAAGUACUUGGAGAGGGGGAACAAGACGCUGCUGCGCACAGACCCCCCGAAGACACACAUCACCCACUACCCCACUUCUGACCAUGAUGUCACCCUGAAGUGCUGGGCCCUGGGUUUCUAUCCUGCGGAGAUCACCCUAACCUGGCAGCGUGAUGGGGAGGACCUGAUCCAGGACACGGAGUUUGUGGACACUAGGCCUGGGGGAGAUGGGACCUUCCAGAAGUGGGUGGCUGUGGUGGUGCCUUCUGGAGAGGAGCAGAGAUACACGUGCCAUGUGCAGCAUGGGGGGUUGCCCAAGCCCCUCAUGCUGAAAUGGGAGUCCCCUCCUCAGCGCAGCAUUCCCAUGGUGGGCAUUGUUGCUGGUCUGGUUUCCUUUGUGGUCAUCAGUGCUGUGGUGGUUGGAGCUGUCAUAUGGAGGAGGUAGAGCCAAGGUGGAAGAGAAAGGGGUUAUGCUCAGUCUGCAUGUAGUGACAGUGCGCAGGGCUCUCUCCACUACUGAAGUGUGAGCCAGCUGCCUCGUGGGGGACUGAGUGAUGCAAGAUUUGUUCACUUUCCCACUUUGUGACCAAUGCCCCUGAUAUCUCUUUCUACAAAGGGCUUCGGCAUGUGUCCUCGUUCCUAUUACCAUAAUGUGAGGAGGUGGGGAGACUGCCCCCCGCCUCCAUGACCCCACCCUACACUGACCUGGGUUCUCUUUCCUCAUCUGCUUUCAUGAUCCAGUAGAGGGAGAGUGGGCCACCUCCAUCCCUGUCUUUACUUUAUGUUUCACUGAGCUACAACUUCUUACUUCCUUGUUGAACGUAGGGCUCUGGAUGUGAAUUUGUUUUUCCAGUUCUGGUCAUGAGGAGUUGAUCAGUUAGUUAAAGAAGAAGAUUCCUAAAGUUUGAGAGGGGAAAGAAAUGGAAACCCUGAGAACCUCCCAGAAGCUGCAGGUUUGGUGUGCCGAGUCUGCUGUGGGUGGGGACAGGAGAAAGCUGUGAGGGGCCUAGCGUGGUGGAGCCUCAUGCCCAGUUGGUACAACAUGGAUGUGACAUGGUCACUGCUCAGCUGGGGAACCUCUUUGCGCUUUUGUCUUUGUCCCUCCAGUAGCACCUGCCUUUCCGGGACUGUGAUCACUCAGGAUAUCACCUGGAUAUCUGGAUAUUGCCCAGACCUUGUCCUGCCUCCAGGACUAUGGGCAACAAGACAUUGUAUGGCCGUGUCAGCUGAGGCUCAGGCCUGGGUCGGGCCUCAGUCCCGCGUCUGGGUGUUUAUUCGUUGUUUCUUUGUUUCUGUAGAGGAUUAGGCCCGUUCUCUUUUUUGUGUGGGAGUUCUGGUCUAAUUCACCUGUGGGUGUCUCCUCGGUGACAGCAGAAGGAGAUGUUUGGCCUGUCAGCGUCUGCACAAGGCCCUGGGUGGCCCUGUGCAUAGGAAUCUGUAGUAUCCAGAGGUUAUUUGUAGGCUCAUUCAGGUCUUGCCCUCCUUCUCGGGCUUGAUUGUUCUUCCCAUCUUUUCUGAAGUCUUCUGAGAGGAGCAGAUUCUAGCAGACAGGAAGCAUGCCAUAAUUUCUUAUUUUAAAUUAGUUCUUGUUCUGUUUCCAUCCUCUGCUUGCCCACCCUUUGCCCUGGUGAUCCUGGUGCUGGCUCCAGCUCCAAGUCAUGGAGUUAUGAAGCAGAGUCUCCUUAGAUUUAUAUUUGGUUGGGAAAUAGCACCUGUGAAUCGAGGAUGGUUUUUGAAAAUGGACAUCUCCUUGGUGUGCAGGGGAGUUGGUGUGAGAGUGGGGAUGGGAGGGGGAGGGCAGUGCUGUGAGAGGAGCACAGGGGCACUAAUGGCAGUGUGAAGGGUGAUUGUGCUGUUGCUGCCACAGAGCUGCUGUGGUCUGAGGCUACAUUAGUAAAGAUACUGCCUCCAGAUUAGGGAGGUGCUCUGCACCGAUCGCUCCUUCUGUGUGUGUGUUGUGUGCAAGAUAUAUGACACACUGUUUUCUGCAUCUGGGAAACACGAUAGAAGUUUCUGUGUUUAGGACAAGGCGCUGCUGCUGGUCUUUACAUCACACUUUUAGUAGCAAGAAUGGAGAUGAGGAUUCCCACACGGCUGUGCAUUGGCCUCACUUGUAGGGCUCGUUAAAAUAAGCGAUUCCUUGAUCUUGCACGGAGGACUCUGAGUCUGUGGGUCUGGGGAGAGGCCUGGUGCUCAGCCAGAUCUGGAGCCAGUGAGGUCAGCGAUCAGAGCAGCCAGCCUGGGGAGGGGCAUUAAAGCCACAUUUAAAUGUG